AUGUCUCUCACCUCUUCAUUCGGAGAUGGAGGCUUUGAUUUGGGCAAUGGAAUGUAUGAAGAAUUUAAGACAGAUUCAGCUAGGUUUCGCAGCGUGUCCAAGCUAUGGGCAUCAAUACUUGAUAGUCCAUACUUCAAAGAUUUGUACCUGACUAAGUCCUUGGCUCAGCCUCGUCUCAUAUUUGCCAUCGAAGAAAAUGGUUUGAUCUAUUUCUAUGGUGUGUGGACGGACGAAGAAAGAGCGCCCGUGAUAUGUAACCCUAAAACUGGACGGUAUGAGACCUUACCUUAUAUUUCAAGGACACUGGGAACUAGAGGAAUGAGGUGGAGAAAGAUCGGAUGUUCCUUAAGAGUUGAGAUUGAGAGUGAAGGGGUAUGCAUUAAUGGAGUUUUGUAUUACUUAGGUUACAUGUGAGAGGAAAUGUCUGAGGCUACAUCUAGUUAUGUGAUAGUUUGCUUUGAUGUUAGGUCUGAGAAAUUCAAAUUUAUAUAUCCAAAAAGCUUAUGUGAACUGAUAAACUGUAAGAGUAAGUUAGGUGUGAUUUACAAUGACGAUUUCACUGAUGA